UCCGCCCUCUGCAGCUGUCUGCAUAUUUUUUCUUUCUUUUUCGCAAUUUUGAACAUUUAACAAGACGAGGGGUUCGAGGCAAGUGAGAGCAUCCUGCACGUCGUGGAGGAGCCCGCCGGCACUUGGCGCGCUCUCUGGGGACUGCAUUGGGAACCCGAAAGUUUUUUGUUGUUUAUAUUUUUACGCAGAUGUAUUUAUAAAGACACAAGUAAUUUUUUUUCUUCCCUGUCUGCACCGCCUUGAAAGCGAGAACUUUUGGCAAAGGACGGAGGAAAAAGCUCAGCAACAUUUUUUGGGGAGGUUGGGGUUUUUUUUUUUUUUUAAGAAAGAAAAAAUAUUGAGUGCAUCGCGAUGGAGAAAAUGUCCCGACCGCUCCCACUGAAUCCCACCUUUAUCCCGCCUCCCUACGGCGUGCUCAGGUCCUUGCUGGAGAACCCGCUGAAGCUCCCCCUUCAUCACGAAGACGCAUUUAGUAAAGAUAAAGACAAGGAAAAGAAGCUGGAUGAUGAGAGUAAUAGCCCGACGGUCCCCCAGUCAGCAUUCUUGGGACCCACCUUAUGGGACAAAACCCUUCCCUAUGACGGAGAUACUUUCCAGUUGGAAUACAUGGACCUGGAGGAGUUUUUGUCGGAAAAUGGCAUUCCCCCCAGCCCGUCUCAGCAUGACCACAGCCCUCACCCUCCCGGGCUACAACCGGCUUCCUCAGCUGCCCCCUCCGUCAUGGACCUCAGCAGUCGGACCUCUGCACCCAUUCACCCUGGCAUCCCAUCCCCAAACUGUAUGCAGAGCCCCAUCAGACCAGGCCAGCUGUUGCCAGCCAACCGCAAUACUCCGAGCCCCAUUGACCCUGACACCAUCCAGGUCCCGGUGGGCUAUGAGCCAGACCCGGCCGACCUUGCCCUCUCCAGCAUCCCCGGGCAGGAAAUGUUUGACCCUCGCAAACGCAAGUUCUCUGAGGAAGAACUGAAGCCACAGCCCAUGAUUAAGAAAGCUCGCAAAGUCUUCAUCCCAGAUGAUCUGAAGGACGACAAGUACUGGGCGCGGCGCCGGAAGAACAACAUGGCGGCCAAGCGCUCGCGUGAUGCGCGGCGCCUCAAGGAGAACCAGAUCGCCAUCCGCGCGUCCUUCCUGGAGAAGGAGAACUCGGCGCUGCGCCAGGAGGUGGCCGACCUGCGCAAGGAGCUGGGCAAGUGCAAGAACAUCCUGGCCAAGUACGAGGCCCGGCACGGGCCCCUGUAGGCCGGCGUCCGCGGGCGGCCUCAGGCCCCGGACAGGGGUCUCCUGGUUGAUUGCACCGCACCUACCGACCUUUCUGACAUCAGCACUUUACCAGAUGCAUCAACAGGACGGACUCACAUUUUGGCGUGGGUGUGUGUAUGUGCUCGUGCUCAUGUGUGGUCAACGGGUGUGUGUGUGUGUGUG